CGCGUCUGCGUCUGAAGCAUGAGAGGCCAUGGCAGCAGCACUCCCGCCACGGGUUCCCCUUCUCUGGACCGAAACUUGUGUGUGCCACUGCUGGUCUCGCUCCUGGUUUGUAUGUGUGUGUCGAGUGUCGUGGGUGUGCCCCUUGCCCCAUCCUCCUGCAGCUCUCUCAAGAAAAGCUUGAAGAGUGCUCGUGUCCUGCAUUGGGAGACUGGACAACUCCUCGAGACAUACAAAGCCAAUCAGGGCGAGGGCGUGGAGUUCAUCUGCCAGGCCCAGUCAGAGGGCGUCCCCGAGGCAACGGUGUUCGGCCAGGACUGGACGGAGCGCCUCAGCGGCCUGCACGUGCGCCUCCACGAGUUUACGCCCCACCUGCGCCACGUGGCCGAGCAGCAGGCCGACCUGCAGCCGCCGAGCUCCAAGCUGCUGCGGGACCUGGACCAGGUGCAGCUGCGCGUCCCUCACCUGGCCAGCAACCUGCACGGCCUCCUGCAGCUGCUCCUGCCCAACAGCGUUCUGGAGCCGCCGGGCCCUACGGGUCAGCCCCCACUGCCCCCUCUCAACAGCUUCCAGCAGAAGGCCUACGGCUGCAGCGUGCUCACCCGCUUCCACACCUUCCUCUCCAACAGCCAGAAGGAACUCAAGGCCCUCAGGGGCGUGGCCUGCAAGCGGCGGAUGGACCCGCCCUCGUACACCACUGGGCAGCACAGACACUGACCACACCCCCUGGACUGACCUUUUGUUCACACCGUUUUGUUUUGAUUUCUUUCUAUUUAUUGGGCGUUAAUAUUAUUUAUUGUAUGCUGAAGAGUAAUUAUUAUACGAAUGUGCUAUGUUUAUAUAAUAGUAAUUAUAUUUUUAUUUUAAACAUGAGCCCUGCUGGUCUGGGCUCUUGCUGAUAGAAUCAGCAGCAGAAUGAUUUGUCUGUCUGUCUCACACACACACACACACGCCUCAAAAGGCAAAGGGCUGUUUCUAAACUGAAUGAGUCACUUUUCAUGGCUUUGUUGUUUACAAACAGAAAAAAUCAGUAACUAAAAAAUGAAGCUACCCAGUGCCUGACUAAAAAUCUGCUUUAAAUUAGACAAAACAUACAAAAGAACCACUGGCUGACCGACGAGACCUUUAGAUCGGUCACUGGGUCAGCUGUGUCGGUUUCAGAGAUUGUGAGAUAAAGGACUGAUAAUGCUUUCAUUAUGACAUGGGGUGACUGCAUAUUUCCUGCAAUGUGAAAAAUUAUAAUAAAAAAAGGAACUGGUUGAA